GGGACGGCUGCCGUUUUUUUCUUUCUCUAUCCUCAAAACGAAUCAUUUUCGAGGAGCUCUUCUGGACAUUAGAAGGUUUUUCUAAGGAUACUCCUAUCCCUCCUUCGAUCUCAAAACUAUCCACUUUUUGCAUUUUAUUUUUCUGCUAAACUCCCAUUCAGAAACUGUUGAAAGGAAACUGCUCUCUAAAGUGUAUAAAACAGUGUUCAAUAGCAAGAAAAUCUUUAAAAAAUCAUGGAUAAGACAGAGCUGAUUCAGAAGGCCAAACUGGCAGAACAGGCGGAGCGCUAUGAUGACAUGGCCACCUCCAUGAAGGAGGUGACUGAGCAGGGAGCUGAGCUGUCUAAUGAAGAGAGGAACCUGCUCUCGGUUGCCUACAAGAAUGUGGUGGGAGCACGGCGGUCUGCAUGGAGGGUCAUUUCUAGCAUUGAACAGAAGACGGAAGGCAGUGACAAGAAGCUUCAGAUGGCCAAGGAGUACCGUGAGAAGGUGGAAUGUGAGUUGCGGGAGAUCUGCAAUGACGUCCUGGAACUGCUGAGCAAAUAUUUAAUUCCCAAUGCCACAAAUGCUGAAAGCCAAGUCUUCUAUUUAAAGAUGAAAGGAGACUACUACAGGUACCUUGCAGAAGUUGCCACUGGUCAGGAUAAAAAAGUUACCAUAGAGAACUCUCAGGAAGCCUACCAGCAAGCAUUUGACAUCAGCAAGAGGGAGAUGCAGCCCACACAUCCCAUCCGCCUGGGACUUGCCCUCAACUUCUCAGUCUUCUUCUAUGAGAUCCUCAACUCUCCAGAGCAGGCUUGCACACUGGCAAAGCAGGCUUUCGAUGAGGCUAUUGCUGAGCUCGAUACACUGAAUGAAGAUUCGUACAAAGACAGCACUCUAAUCAUGCAACUGCUUAGAGACAACCUGACAUUAUGGACAUCUGACAACACAGCAGAUGAAGGUGAGGGUGGAGAUGGAGGAGAGAACUAACCAUGUCUGUUGGGGUAUCUCCCAGAAUGCGAAAGAAAAAGAUAAAAACAACAAAACAAAAAAACCUUUUUACACGUCUCCAUUCCUUAUUGCUCCACAUGUUCUUCUAGCAAUGAAAAUCAUUACUGAAGAGCCGUGUAUGGCAAUUUAAAUCAUAGUCUUUUCACAUUGCAGCUUUUGGGAAGAAAAACUUAAAUUAAAAAAAAGAAAAACAAAAACCUGCAUUCCUUGGUUUGUGUUUGUCCUAGCCUUCCGUAAGUGCAGUCUGCAGUGGAGAAGUAUUAAUGUGGCUUCAAUUUGUAUUGAUAUUAAAAUUUCAGUAGGAAUGUGGUAUUGCAAGACCUGCUUGUACCUACUGGUAAGCUUUUGGUGAGGGUGAGUUGUUAAAUUGACCUAAAUGAAAAUGUUCCUCUGGACCUAUUACAUCAUCCUCUAUUACUCAGAAGGUUGAUUGGUAGUUAUAGCAGUGGUCAUAGGUGAGAAAUUUAUAUCUCGUAUUUAUAUACCCACUCCACUGAGAAGGAACGAUUAAGUACCACUUAAGGGUGUUAUCUGUUUGAGCAUCUAAAUGCAGCACCUUUUUCUCACCCUUUUCCAGUCACAAAUUACUCCUUCCCUGUUGAAUAAUUUAUUGUUGCCCCUUUUAGCAUGUCAGUCUUACGGCAAAUAAAGUGGGUCUUUCUGAAAAAACAAAAAUACAUUAAAGAAAUUCAACAUCAGUGUCUUUAAAAACAUCUGAGACAGGAAAUGCUGCACACAACAAAGUGUUGAAGUUGGCAUGUUUUUCCAUGUGGGUUUACACACACACACACACACACACACACACACACACACACACACACACACACACACACACACACGGGUUUUUGGUUAGUCCAGGGACUGUCAUUACAGAUCGGGACCACUAUUGUGUUUGCUAGUCCUCAACUGUAGUCCCCCAAAAGCUUUGUGAAAAUGUUUAAUGCCCUCUGUAACAGCUAUGUACCAUGAAUAAAAAUUACAUUUUAUAAACCUG